AGAGUGUAGGGCGUCCGGCUGGGCUGAGGGCGGCGCGGGCGGGCGACCGGCCAUGAUAGCGUCGUGCCUGUGUUACCUGCUGCUGCCGGCCGCGCGCCUCUUCCGCGCCCUUUCAGGUACCGGCCCCGCGUCCUGACCGGCGGGAGCCGGGGCUGCCCCUGCUAGGCUCCGCGGGGCCUGGGGCGGUGUGUGGAGCGCCGGACCUCCACGGUCGUCUGCAGGUGGCAAAGGUGUGAGGCAGCGCUUGACCUCGGCCCACGGGCCGUUCCGGCCCCACUAGGCCGGGACUGGCCGGCGACUCUCGAGGGCAGCCCCUCCUCACGUGUCUCCACUACACUGCCAGCUUCAGAGCGGGGGUCAGGUCCAUGUCCAUGUCCACUUUGCUGUAUCUCGUGUUACCACUGUGUCUGCAGGUGGUAGUGGAUCUCCAGUGAACUCAAGAAGAUGCUUUCUUUACAUGUCGAAAAAAUGCCCUUCUGGCGAAGAGCUCGUCCCCCCAGGUAGAGGGUAACUUUGCCAUGGCCCCUUGGGGCCCUGACCAAGAGGAGUGUGAGGGCCUGCUGCAGCAGUGGCAAGAAGAAGGGUCGAACCAGGCACUCUCAACUGUGAGUGACGGUCCCCUUGCAGAUAAGGGACUAGCUGAGAGCAGCCUGGCACUCCUGAUGGAUAAUUCUGGAGAACAGAAUGUUGCUUCGGAGGACAAGUGGUCCAGCAGGCAGCUGAGUGACCUGCGGGCAGCAGAGAACCUGGACCAGCCAUUCCCUGAGGUGCUAGGAGAGGAGCCACUGGCUGAGGUCGAUGGUCCCUUGUGGGCAGCUGUCCCGGUGCAGGCAGGGCCCCAGUACACAGACUGUGCUGUUCUCCCAAUGGGCACAAUGGCUGCGGAUCAGUGGGAAGAGGACCCUGCGAUGGUGGCCUGGGGCAUAGCACCAGAGCCUAUGCCCCAGGAAGAGACUUCCAUGUGGCCCUUUGAAGGCCUGGAGCAGUUGCAGCCUUCCCCACUGGAAAUACCCUAUCAUGAAAUCUUGUGGCGAGAAUGGGAAGAUUUCUCCACCCAGCCAGAUGCACAGGGUCUGGAGGCAGGGGAUGGCCCUCAGUUCCAGUUCACGCUGAUGUCCUAUAACAUUCUGGCCCAGGAUUUGAUGCAGCAGAGCUCAGAGCUCUAUCUGCAUUGCCAUCCCGACAUCCUCAACUGGAAUUAUCGCUUCGCCAACCUCAUGCAGGAAUUCCAGCACUGGGAUCCUGAUAUCCUGUGUCUCCAGGAAGUCCAGGAAGACCAUUACUGGGAGCAGCUGGAGCCCUCUCUGCAGAUGAUGGGCUUUACCUGUUUCUAUAAGAGGAGAACUGGGUGUAAAACGGAUGGCUGCGCUGUCUGCUACAAGCCCACCAGAUUCCGUCUUCUCUGUGCCAGCCCUGUGGAGUAUUUCCGGCCUGGGUUGGAGCUCCUCAAUCGGGACAAUGUGGGCUUAGUAUUGCUGCUGCAGCCACUAGUCCCAGAAGGCCUGGGGCAAGUCUCAGUUGCUCCCCUGUGCGUGGCAAAUACCCAUGUGCUAUACAAUCCACGCAGGGGUGACAUCAAGCUGGCUCAGAUGGCCAUUCUUCUGGCUGAAGUGGACAAGGUGGCCAGGUUGUCAGAUGGCAGCCACUGCCCUAUCAUCUUGUGUGGGGACCUGAAUUCUGUCCCUGAUUCACCUCUCUACAACUUCAUCAGGGAUGGAGAGCUCCAGUACAAUGGGAUGCCAGCCUGGAAGGUGUCUGGACAGGAAGACUUCUCUCAUCAGCUUUACCAGAGGAAGCUGCAGGCCCCACUGUGGCCCAGCUCCCUGGGCAUCACUGAUUGCUGUCAGUAUGUCACCUGUGAUCCCAAGCGAUCAGAGAGACGUAAGUAUGGUAGAGACUUCCUGCUACGUUUCCGCUUCUGCAAUAUCGCUUGUCAGCGACCAGUAGGACUGGUUCUCAUGGAAGGAGUAACAGACACUAAGCCAGAUCGACCUGCUGGUUGGGCCGAGUAUAUCCUUGAGGAAGACACAUCUGAGCUUGAGCCUGCCUUCCCCAGGACUAUAGGCACCAUCCAGCACUGCCUCCACCUGACCUCAGUAUAUACUCAUUUCCUGCCCCAGCAUGGCCAGCCAGAGGUCACCACGAUGCCGUUAGGUCUUGGCACGACAGUGGAUUACAUCUUUUUCUCAGCUGAAUCCUGUGAGAAUGAAAACAGAACUGAUCAUAGGCUGGAUCGAGAUAGAACUCUCAAGCUCCUGGGCCGCCUCUCCCUCCUCUCUGAAGAGAUUCUCUGGGCUGCCAACGGCUUACCCAACCCCUUCUGCUCUUCAGACCAUCUCUGCCUAGUAGCCAGUUUUGGCAUGGAAGUCACUGCCCCGUGAAGCUUCUCUUCUGGAAGAGUGGACUGGAUCGACGACUGCAAAUGCCCCAUGCUGUGGAAACUUAUGUCCCUGCCCUGCCCCUUGUUCCCUUCUGCCCGUGGUUAGACUUUGUCCAGACCUUAUCCACGUUCUCUGCCUGUGGCCCCUGCUCUACCCCAACCUCUUCCUAAUCCUGUGCUACAUGCUUGGUGGCCCUGGAAGAGGCAGAAAGGGUCUUCCCUCCCUUCCAUGUACCCAGCACCCACCUCGAUUUUUAAUGACCAGGGUUGUGGGAGCUAUUGAUCUCAUUGGUUAUUUGCUUUCAGGCCAUUUCUUGGUAUACCUUCUGACCCAGCCUUCUCCUUCCCUUCAUGACCUCUGGGCCAAGGAGCCCUUUGGCUAGGCAUGCACAUGAGAGGUGUUUGUAGUGCUUCCUCUUCUUGGGAUGGGACUACCCAGCACAGCCAGAUCUUCCUCUGCCUAGCCCACAUGCCACAGUGAGGUCCUGGGCUUGGGGCAGGUUGACAGCAUGACCCGGAAGCUGUGUGCUGCCAGAAGGCCGCAGGUGUGGGGGUCCUUUCUCCCUUUACCCUCUGGGUUUCAUUAGUCAGUUAUCCUGGCAGCCAGAGCACACUUGUUAUCUGGGCCCACAACCUGGAGCAGCAGUUUGAGGAUGCACUAUACCCAAGAACUCCUCCCAAACCUAGAUGAUUUGGGCAGAGCUGCCCUGAGGAAAGUAGAAGUUUGAAGCCUUGUGUUGGGAUUCAGUAGGCUGGCAUGGUGUGACUUUGAAAACAUUUUAAGGAUAAGGAGAAAGAGCCUUCAGGAAACCUGUAUCACUGGAUUCUACAAAACUGGGCAAGAGUGGGAGUCCCAGUAGGAAAGAGCAGGGGCUCCAUCGUUGCCUCAGCCUGGACUAGAGUCCCAUGGGACUCAUUCUGUGACCUCUACACACCUAAAAACAUUUUUAUUUCUCUCCUCACAUCACUUUUUACUUUUUUCUGCCUCCUGCCUUUCCUGUUCCCUUCCAUUUUCUCUCUAAAAAAGCCUGCUGUUUAGCUCAGUACUAAACCCUCUCAGCAGAAGGGUGACUUUGGAUGAAACAGGUCUAAGAACUCAGGGUGGCAAUGCUAAAGAUUUGCUCCGCCCAGAAAGACCUCACACUCCUUCCCUUCCAGAUCUCCUGGCCCACACAGGGCCCUUGUAGCCCAGACCAUGUCACCUGCAUGCUGGGGUGUGGCCUAGAGUGUCCUUGGGGCCAGAUCCUCCUCUUAUCAUUAAUUCAGAGUGGAUGCUGGCCCUUGUUGGUUUGCCUGUACCAUCUCCACAGUAGAUGAGGUAAUAGCCAGGAGGGUCAGCCAGAUAUGGUGGACCAGAGGUUACUGUUCUUUCCUUUAUAUGAAAGCCAAAGACCCAGCUGAAACCCAUUGCUGGUUGUCAGCUUCUUUUCCUACGAAUGUCUAUUUUUAAACUUUGUUUUCUAGGUACAGACAUGUGCCUGUCUGAGCCCCAGGCCUGUCUGUCCACAGCCUCUGUUCACUGUCUCUCUCUGGGUACCUGCUGGUAUGGUCUCAAGACAGUGCCCUCUUGGUUCCCAGGAUGAGGGCCCAUCAUUGUUCUGCCAGGAAAUGCAGGUUCAGACUGCUAAAGAUGGCAGAGGGCCAGAGCGUGACAGUUUAUCUUUUUCUUGUUUUCUUAUUUGUUUUAGAAAUAAAGUGUGGGGAUUUAAAUGGUAUUUAAACUGCACUUCGCAGCCGGCAGAACCGAGCAACAUUUUUUUCAAAUAAAGGCUUACUCUACAUCCCCUGCCCCCA